GGUCUGAACGUCGCCCCCUUAAUAAUGAAUACUGUCCUCAGCUCUGCGUUAUCACAAGAUCCCGACGUGAGACGUGGGACUUCGGCCUACAUUGAUGACGUCUACGUUAACGAGGACAUCGUCACGGCUCGUCGGGUGGCGGAGCACCUUCAUCGCUACGGCCUAACCACCAAGGCUUAUGAGCGCGUUACAGAGGGCGCUCGAGUGCUGGGCCUGAGGGUCUGGGGGGAGAGUGGCAUGCUGCUCUGGGGACGUGAUGGCAAGGUGAGUGGUGUGCCUACCCGCCUGACGCGGCGAACAGCUUUUUCUUACUGCGGCAAGUUAACUGGCCAUUUUCCAGUGUGUGGGUGGCUGAGAGCGGCAGCGGCCUACGUGAAAAGAAGAGCUAACGCGGCUACGCACACCUGGGAUGACAUCAUCGUCGAUGCCGGCCUGCGAAGUAUCCUGGAGGAAAUAGCAGGGAAGGUACUGAAGGACGACCCUGUUCGAGGAAGAUGGGAUGUAGGAGGAACAGAGGCAAAAGUGUGGGUGGAUGCUAGCUCCUUAGCUAUGGGAGCAGCAGUCGAGGUGGAAGGUAAGAUCGUCGAGGACGCCUGCUGGUUGCGUCCUGACGGCGCCAGCCACAUCAACAUGGCUGAACUUGAUGCGGUCAUCAAAGGACUCAACCUUGCUCUGGCAUGGAAGAUGAGUAAGGUUGAAUUGGUGACUGAUUCCUCUACUGUCCACCGCUGGAUUAACGACUGCCUCACUGGACGAGCAAGGCUAAAAACAAAAGCUGCCAGCGAGAUGCUGAUUCGCCGACGACUCGAGAUCGUGAUGUCUCUGGUUAAGGAGUGCGGACUCGUCCUCACAGUGUCUCUGGUGCCCUCAAGCGAGAACAAGGCAGAUGUCCUCACCCGCGUGCCACAGCGAUGGUUAAGGACGUCCGCGGCCAACGUCAUGGAACCACCGCCAGUGUGUGCGGCAGCUGUCGAAACGUCCCUUGACCAAUUAGUGACGGACAUCCACCAUUCCCGUGGCCACCCUGGGGUAAGAAGAACGCUGUACUUUGUAAAACGAGUCAACGCGGCAGUGACGAAAGGACAGGUGCGUGCUGUUGUCGCUUCCUGCCAGAUAUGCCAGUCUAUAGACCCAGCGCCAGUGAAGUGGAGUAAAGGCAACCUGUCGGUGGAGGGAAUCUGGCAGCGGGUUGGGAUGGAUAUCACGCACUGUAGAGGAAGGUCAUAUCUCACGCUCAUCGACUGCGGGCCUUCUCGCUUCACCAUCUGGCGCCCGCUGAGGCUACAAACGAGCGAUAACAUCAUCGAGCAGUUGGAAGCAGUUUUCUGUGAGCGCGGGACUCCGGACGAGAUUCUGACUGACAAUGACACCGCCUUCCGCAGCAAGUUGUUCGCUCAGUUUGCCUUGCGUUGGAACGUGAAUAUGCACUUCCGGGGAGCGUAUUCACCGUCUGGAAAUGGUGUCGUUGAGAGGUGUCACAGGACAGUGAAGGUCAUCGCGGCAAGAAAAGGAUGCUCCAUAGCAGAAGCGGUGUACCUCUACAACAUCACGCCCGGGAAUGACUGCUCGCCUACCUCUGCGCCUGCGAACAUGUUGUACGGGUAUUCGGUGAGAGUGCGGGGAGAAGACGCGAGCAGAAGCAACCCUGCAGUAGAAAACAACCCUCACCAUGUAGGAGAAGAAGUUUGGGUAAAGCCUCCCGGCGUGCGCUGCGACGAGCAAUACAAAGAGGGCGUCGUGACUGGAGUGGUAUCGGAUCAAGUCGCCGAAGUUGAUGGUACACCUCGUCACGUUCGUGAUCUGCGACAUCGCGUUUCACCACCAAGACACCAGGACAGAGUAGUAGGCAACUCGGACAAUAACUGCGAGGAUCUGGUGGUUACGUUUCCUACUCCAGAAGAGCAGCGUGAGGAGGAGGACCCGGAGAGAAACGGUGAAGAUGUUGGGAGUGUGGUGCUGAGGCGUUCUGCUAGAAUCAAACAAUCUACCCGGUGUCUGUUGUGUGAUUGAGGGCUUGUGGGAGAUGGGUGACUGAGUGCCUGGGUGAUUUAGAUAUCAGGGGGGAGUGUGGACUGACGGAGUGUUGUUGGCUCACUACCGCUCGUUUGUGGUUAAAUUAAGGUAGUUUACCCCCAGACUGACGUGGCUCUUGCCGGCAGCUAUGAGAGGAGGCGACGUUUUCCAGGCUAGCCAGCGCAGCGGGAGACGGACACCAGCCGCCAUACACACCACUACCCCUGUUCUGUCCAGCGAAGGUUGUGUGCGAGGUCGUGCCGCAGGGGGAGGCACGAGCGACGGGAUCAAGCACGAGGAGCCAGUGUGGGCGAGUUGUGGGCCCUUACGAGUGCGUGGGACUCCCUACAUGUGUUGCCGCCGUGCCAGUGGAGGAGACGGCCAUGAGAGGAGGGAGACACGACGUUGGAGACGUGUGAUCAAGACUGUGGUGCCUGCUGUGCUGCUAGUUCUGUGCUCUGUAAAUAAACUGCAAUUGGGAGAACAGUGUUUCGAGUAACGCCCUGCCACACUCGGGGCAACGGUUUCCUAGCGGGUGGGCUUUGAGAUAGGAGGUACCACAUAAAGUACCCCCUUUAGCCCAUAAAUUCCCGUGAAAAGUCCACAUGGUAUAAAAAAAAAAAAGUUCAACAUUGUCUGUACUCAUACAGUAUUCACUUUGUAGGAAGCUGGGUAGAAUGUCCUUGACAUAAAUAGCGACUCCACCAUAGCCAUCAGGUCUGUGUGUGUGGUAAGAUUUAUAGCCAUCAAUUUCAUUUAGAUGUGUUGUACUUGGUUUAAGCCAUGUUUCACUAAAGCACAAAGUGUCACGAAGCUUAGGAAGUUAUUUAAGAAGAGAAAUUAGAUUAUCAUAACUUUUGCUCAGAAAUCGUGUGUUCACAUGAAAUAUACUUAAGUAAUCAAGAUUGUUUUUAGGGAGCUGAUAGUUUAAUGUAGGGUGAGGGGCGGUAGCCACAUACGUCUUGUCUUCACCACAGCUGCACAGUGCAUACCUUUCUGCAACUAAGUUGCAAUCUUUACAAGGAAUUUUAUAUACACCUCCUUCAGCUUUAACACACAAAUUAUUGUGAACAAGGAUAGACUUGAGGAUGGAUGUGUACUUAAAAGCUAUAUUUACAUCAAGAUCUCUGCUGAUUGACUUGAUACUUUCAAGGCAUUUAGCAUACGAGAGACAUAAAUAUGGUUUGGUAUUGUCUGGGCGGGACCUAGGAGCAAGAUACGUCUUUCUAACCUUAAGAUAACCUUUCUUUAUGAACCAAUCACGAUACCUUAAUUUUCGAAACAUUAACCAAAUAUAUGAUUUCUCACUAUUUAGGUAUUAGGGGCUACAGAUUCAUAACGCUCUAGUAAACAUGGUAGAAAUAACAUAUAAUUUGAUGUCAUCGUUAUGGUAGGAGAAAUAGUAAAUAUACAUGUCACAAUGGGUAGGCUUUCGAUACACAGUAAAUGUACGAAGAUCAUUAACUCGAGUAACCAGAAUAUCAAGAAAUGAGAGUGAAUUGUUAUUUUCCUAUUCACUUUUGAAAUUAAUGAAAGGUAUCAAGUUGUUUGAUUUUCUAAAAAAAAAAAAGAAAAAAAAAAUCAUCAAAAUUAUUGAGUGUAUUGGGCCAAAGGAGAAUAUGUCGUCAAUAUACAAGUACCACAGUAGAUUUUGUGGGGCAAUUUUAGGUAAUAAUUGUUUCAAAAUUUUCCAUAAAUAAAUUACUUAAAAUCGGAGACAAGGGAGAGCCCAUACUGUUUCCAAAGCGUUACAUUAAAAAGAAUUAUUUUUCCCAAAGAAAAGGAAAGGCCAAGACAUCAUCCAGAGGGACUUUAGUAUACAAAGAAUCUACAUCAAAACUCACCAUUUUACCGUUGGUGAGAGAAACAGAACUUAAUUUUUCAAUAUAAUCAGAGGAAUUCUUUAUGUGGCAGCUUGAUAUAUAACUAACAAGAGGUGAUAAUUUGUAGGCAAGAAAUUUGGAUAAUUUAUAGCCAAACGAUCCACAAUAUGAAACAAUUGGUCUAAGGGAAAUCUUAGUUCCUGUUGUGAUUAUGGAUAAGACCAAAUGUUAAGUGAUAUCAUCACAUCACAUAAGAGAAGCUCAAAUCCUCCUUUUCUACAACGCCUCUCUACUGAGUUCAACUGUAGAGUAAAAGAAUUGCUAAAUAAGGUUCCAGAUAUCGAUGCCAAUUUGUUCAUGCAAAUUAACCCUUAACUUCCACAUAUAUAUGGCUCACCUAAAACUCAUAAAGCUAAUAUUUCCUUAGACCAAUUGUUUCAUAUUAUGGAUCGUUU